AUGGCCUCCUCGUGGUCUCUGACUCCGGCCUUCAGCUUGAGCCUUUGGGCUCUCACGGGAGCCAUCGGCUGUUCACUUCUGCUGCUGUACAACUUCAGCGCUGCGUCGGCAUGGACACGCAAGUCACGCAAUCGACCGCCCGGCCCUAGAGGUCUACCUGUGCUAGGCAAUGCGCUGCAGCUUCCUCUAACGUUCGCCGACAGAGCGUUUCACGAGUGGGGAAAGACAUUCGGGGACGUCGUCUAUUUCGAGAUCUUCCGCACCCCAGCCAUCGUGCUGAACUCCAUCGAGGCCGCCCGGGACCUCUUGGAUAAACGUAGCGCCACGUACUCAGACCGUCCGCGAUUGGUCCUGUUGAUGGAGAUGCUCCGCGCACGCACCGUUGUCGGAAUCCCGUACGGGGACCAGUUCCGCAAGCGCCGAAAGUGGAUGUUCGACGCCGCAGGCAACAAGGCGACUCUCCGCGGGUACCACAGCAUACAGUACAGGGAGGUGCGCAGGCUGUUACACAACCUCUUCCGGCGUCCAGACGAGUCCAGCGAGCAUCUUCAUCUCUACCUUGCCGGGAUGUUGCUGGAGAUCACGUUCGGCCGCCCUGUGAAGACCCUCGACGACGAGCUCGUCCAUCUGGCGGAGCAGGCGAUCAAAGGGAUGAAUCAUGCAGGCAGAGCUGGGUCUGUUCCUGUCGACUUUGUCCCGAUACUGAGACACAUACCGAGCUGGAUGCCUGGCAUCAGCUUCAAGCGGAACGCCGUGCUUGUCCGUAGGUAUGUUGAAGAGUAUCUGGACGCGGGCUACAAUGCUGUUGUUUCAGCGAUGGCGGCUGGGACCGGAGAGCCAUGCAUAUUCCGUUCAAUUCUGGAACAGUAUGGAGGGAAACCGACACCAGAUGAGGCCGACGAAAUCAAAGGUCUAGGCGUCGAUGUGUAUGGUGCGGGGGUUGAAACGAGUCGUGGGACGUUGCGCACAUUCAUGCUUGCUAUGGCGCGCAAUAAAGCUGUCCUCAAGAAGGCUCAGGAGGAGCUCGAUCGAGUAGUGGGAUGCGAGAGGCUUCCCGAUUUCGGCGACCGCGAGUCGCUUCCCUACGUCAACGCACUUGUGGAAGAGGUUUACCGUUGGAAUCCUCCUCUGCCUAUGGCUGUCCCUCAUCGCGUCACUGCGGACGAUCGCUAUCGCGAACACACUAUCCCCGCGGGAUGUAUGAUGAUACCUAACGUCUGGGCGAUGUCCCGCGACACAAGAUACUAUCCAGAGCCGGAAGAGUUCCGCCCGGAGCGCCAUCUCGGGACCGAGGUAAAAGCGGGCGACGAUUAUGUGCCCCCGAGCAGCUUUGUGUUCGGGUUCGGACGCAGGGCAUGUCCAGGACAAGCUCUCGCGGACGCCAGCAUCUGGCUCGCGAUCGCGAAUAUCGUCGCCUUGUUCGACAUCUUGAAACCUGUCGACAAGGCAGGGAUGGAGUACACGCCUCCCGCAAAGUUCACGUCGGCUUUCUCGAGUGAGCCGGAGUCGUUCGCUUGCAGAAUCGUCCCGCGGUCAAAUAGUGCAGUUACGAUGCUGGCCGAUCUGGAUGCGUAAAUUCAUAUCAUGGCUUGAGCGUAUUACCAUGAUAAGCUGGGCCCGUGCGGUGUAAUGG